AUGACGUUCUGCAAGCAAAUAUUGUCUACAGAAUGGACGUUCAAGGAUCGAGAUGACGAGACACUCAAUGCAUGGAUGCCUGUGGCGGCAGUGCCUUCGACGGUGCAGCAGGAUCUCAUUGCAAAUAAAAAGCUCGAGGAUCCGUACCUAGGCUUCAAUGAACUCAAGGCGCGCUGGGUCAACGAGAAGGCAUGGGUAUAUCGACAUGUUUUUCAACGACCGGAAACCCCUCCUGGUGCAACCGUGGCACUGGUAUUUGACGGCUUGGACACCUUUGCCUCAGUCAGGCUCAACGGCGAGACAAUCCUUGAAUCUAGCAACAUGUUCCUAGGCCACCGUGUGGAUAUCACACAAGCCCUAGGGUCAGCACAGAGCACGAACGUGCUAGAGGUCGAAUUCGAUUGCGCCCAGCUCAAAGCAACCGAGCUACGCAACAAAGACCCGGAUCACAAAUGGCACGGAUUCAACGGAGAUAUGGCUCGCUUAGGCGUGCGCAAGGCCCAAUACCAUUGGGGUUGGGAUUGGGGCCCAGUUAUCAUGACAGCUGGUAUCUGGCGCGAGGUGCGAUUGGAAGUCUACUCUGCACGAAUAGAAGACCUAUGGCCACAGACACAUCUUGCUCCUGAUCAUAAAAUGGCGACUGUUACGGCAGUUGCUAAAAUUGAUCAGUCCAACUUGGAAGGCUGUGUUGCUCGCUUCCAUUUGACUCUACGUGGACAUGAGAUCGCGCGCCAGGAUAUCCCUAUACCCGCCAAUGAAAAUGCCCAAGCCAGCUUUGAGGUCACCAAUCCCGAAUUAUGGUGGCCACACGGAUACGGCUCCCAGACCUUGUAUGAAGUGACAGUCUCACUCUUGCACGACGGAAAUGAGCUACACCAGGUGUCCAAGAAAUUUGGCAUUCGGUCCGCAGAAGUCAUUCAGCAGCCCGAUAAACAUGGGAAGUCGUUCUUUUUCCGAGUCAACGGAGUGGACAUCUUCUGUGGAGGCUCAUGCUGGAUCCCUGCCGAUAAUCUACUACCUAGCAUCACCGUCGAGCGAUAUCGGAAAUGGAUCGAGCUAAUGGUGGCAGGUGGCCAGGUGAUGACUAGAGUAUGGGGCGGCGGGAUCUACGAAGACGAUGCUUUCUAUGACGCCUGUGAUGAGCUUGGCGUGCUAGUUUGGCAGGACUUUAUGUUCGGCUGUGGCAACUACCCAGUAUGGCCUGAGCUAUUAGAGUCUGUACGACAAGAGACAGUCUAUAACGUACAGCGAUUGAGACAUCAUCCAUCAAUCGUAAUCUACGUUGGCAACAAUGAAGAUUAUCAAGUGCAGGAGCAGUCGGGGCUCACCUACAACUACGAAGAUAAGGACCCGGAAAGCUGGUUGAAGUCUGACUUCCCAGCACGCUACAUCUACGAAAAGCUGCUGCCAGAACUGGUAUCCGAGCACUCGCCGAGUACCUUCUACCAUCCGGGAAGCCCAUGGGGCGACGGAAAAGCCACGAGCGAUCCUACCGUGGGGGACAUCCAUCAAUGGAAUGUGUGGCAUGGAACGCAAGAGAAAUAUCAGAUCUUCGACACCUUGGGAGGCCGCUUUAACAGCGAAUUUGGGAUGGAAGCCUUCCCGCAUAUCUCGACGAUCGAAUACUUCCUGGAAAACGAGAAGGACAAGCACCCACAGUCACAAGUUAUGGACUUCCAUAAUAAGGCCGAUGGCCACGAGAGGCGAUUGGCGACGUAUCUCGUGGAAAACCUACGUAUGGCCACUGAUCUAGAGACAUACUCCUACCUCACACAGGUCGUCCAGGCAGAGACCAUGAUGUUCGGAUAUGGCGGAUGGCGCCGCCAAUGGGGCGAUGAGCGCAAGUGUGGCGGAGCGCUACUGUGGCAGAUAAACGACUGCUGGCCCACGAUCUCAUGGGCAAUUGUGGACUACUUUUUGCGGCCAAAACCUGCGUAUUACACUGUGAAGCGAGUGAUGCAGCCUCUGGUGAUCGGCGUGCGACGUGAACAUCACGACUGGAGUGUCAGCCGGUACGAGAUGUGGGUUGCUAGCAACCGACAGGAAGUACUGCAUGGAACUGUCGAGCUACGAUUCUUAUCGGUGGUGACCGGUAGGGACCUGCGCACCCCGGCUGUCUUCACGGACGUCACUGUUGCAGCUAAUGGUACUUCCGAGAUCACAAGUGGUAUCAUCGAUCAUGUCACCCAGCCUGAGCCCCAUGUUCUUGCCGCACGGCUAUGGAUAGAUGGUCAGAUUGUGGCCAGGGACAUUGACUGGCCGCAGCCGCUCAAGUAUCUUGACUUUGCCGAUCGCGGACUAGAAGUGAGGCAGCAGCCAGGGGCUUCAGCUGGACAGCAGCUCUUGGUAAUCAGCUCACGGAAGCCGGUAAAAUGUCUCGUCUUUGAGGAGCGGGAGAAUGUACGAAUUAGCGACAGUGCUAUAGAUAUUGUUCCGGGCGAUGAGCAGGUGGUGGAGAUUACAGGACUUAGUGAUAGUGAUCCACCAUUGGGGUAUCGCUACCUGGGUCAAUAG